CAUGCCGGAGUGACAGCCGAUAGCGAUGCCGAAACAACAGCUAAUAGCGACUACGAGCCUAUCGCUGGGACGAGCAACAAUCCACCCAAAAAAUAUAGAACAAGAAACAAGGGCAAAAAAACUAAUGUAUGGUUGGAUAUUAUUCAUUUAUCCCAAG